GUACCUCCACUGCACCUGCCAAGCAGCUCCAUGGCGAGGGACGAACCCUUCGCCGCCGCCGUGGACGUCGCCGACGGCGACUCAUCCUCCUCCAGCCCAACCCUCACGCGCCUACGGGAAGCUCUCUCCGCCCUCUCCGAGGCGUUCGAAUCCGGCGACGCCGCCUCCUCCGACGCGGCCGCUGCCUCCGUCGCCGAGAUUCUCAGCGCGUCCGAUGCCGACGCUGCGCUCUCCGAGCAGAUGCUCCGCGAGGUCCACGCGUUCCUCUCGCGCCCGUCCUCCAAUCAGAUGGCUGUAGACGCGCUGUCUCUAGAGCUUCCGAAGCCUGUGGCGAAGCUGGGUGCUCGGAUGGGGAAUUGCCGGGACGUGGCCAGGACUAUCAUUGAGUUCUUUGUGUCGAAUUGCAACCCGAGGGACAUGCUCUGCAUCCUCUGCGAGGCAUUAGAUACACCAGUGGCAUUAAAUGGACCAGCAUAUUUCGUUAUUCUACUAGAUGGGCUCGCCAGCACGCUUAUUUUGAUUCAGAGGAGACAUAUUGAGCAAGUAAAGGUCGUACUUCCUGCCAUCCUUCGAGUUAUGCAUGCUAAUUUAUCAGAAUGUGAUGGGGAACAUGGACUGGCUGCUGUUGAUCUGUUCAGUGCAGCCCUCCGAAUUGGCAAUGCUAUACAAGAAAUGUGCAAAACAAUGGUCAACCACAGGAAGGAAGAGCUAUGUUCCAUACUUGGUCUAUACACCCUUCAAAACAUAGCUCUUUUGCAGGCUCUUGUAUCAUCAGAAAGCAAACAUCAGAAUAUUUUGUCUACUUGUGGUUCAGUUGUUCUUCAAUAUUCUAAACUUCUUAUGUUUUGCGGGUUCACCUAUUUGGGUCUUUUAACUGGUAAUGAUGUGACCUCAGCCACCACUAAACUUUCUAAAGAAGAGGACGACAAUUUUCUGGACUGCUUUUCUUUUGCUAUGGACGGUGCAAGUCUUGUAGUUGUGUGGACCUCUAUGGAUGAUGACAUGUCAAAAUAUGCUGGAGCAGAGUUUGAAUCAGCACUGAAAGAAGUUCAAGACAAUUGUAUUAGGAAAUGGGAAGCAAUCAACAUGUUUAGAUAUGUCUUGUCUUCAGUUAAUUACUCAUGGGCAAUCAAAUCUCACAGUCUGGACUUAUUGUUGACUUUAGUUGAUGAUAAGUGUACUGAGGAAACCAACGAUCAUGUAGAUUUCCCAUGUUCCACUCAAAUUUUUGCCAUACUCAAGGCCAUUGAAAGAGUCAUGAUAGCUGCCCCAGAUACUCUGAUGCGGAAGAAAGCCUUUUCUUCCCUGAAAAAGGUUAUUUCGGUGGUGCCAUCCACACAGAGAUUUGAUAUCUUACAGGCCCUAAUUGAGAAUAGCAUGUUCCCCUCCUUGACUGCAAUUAUUUUGGAUCUGGUGAAGAAUGAAGUUUUGAGAGAGAGCCGUCGAGCUGAUCAGGUUAAUGAAUCUGAUCGAUCAAAAAAUGUUGGGGAACCGCCACAUUGGGCUUCGCAGGUGCUCGAGUUAGUGGAGCUGAUCUUGAGGCCUCCAGAAGGUGGUCCUCCUUGUCUUCGUGAUCACAGUGAAGAGGUAUUAUCUGCUCUGAACUUGCUCAGAUUGAUUCUGAUAAUAGAUUCAAGAGGAUCCAGAUCAGCAACAAUGUUCCGGGACAAAACAAUACAAGCCGUGUACGCAGAUUGGCUGAUCCCACUAAGAUCAAUCGUUUCAGGAACUCAAUCGGAACUCGAGAAAGAUGGUGGUGAGGAAGAAAAUCAAAUGGUGUGCUUGUUAAAUCCUGUUCAGCUAGUACUUCACCGCUGCAUUGAGUUGGUGGAGGAAAAAAUGAAAGGUUUGUAAUGCUCGUGCUGUGCUUCUCAGUGUUGGCUUGGCCAGGAAAUGUGAAACUUCAUUCAUCAGCAUUCUGAUUGAACACCAUGUUGUCCGUACUUGUGGCAUAUAGCCGUCCUUCGCUGCAACUGCAA